UUACGACACAUUCCUGUCAUGAAAUGUAAGAGGACACUGCUUCCUGGUGUGGACUAAUAAUAAUGGACUGAUGCAGCGAAGCAGCUCAAAGCGGUCGAGUGUUCGGAGUGAACAACCGUUCUGAUUUCAACAGCUUGUGGAAAUAGUGAACAGAGAUACUUGGUUGGACGGAUGGCUGCCGUAAACAAUUCUGCAGAAGAUGGAGGCGGCAUGUCGUCGAGGAUCAUCAGGAUUGUGUUUAUUAUCCUGCUGCUGGACCUGCUGGGAUUUACUCUAAUUCUACCUCUACUGCCUUCUAUUUUGGACCAUUAUGCACAGACUGAGGAUGUCGUGUAUCAAUCCCUUCAAAGUGUUGUGGACUGGUUCAGAGAGGCUGUUGGGAUUCCUAUGGAAAAGAAGUACAACAGUGUCCUGUUUGGAGGACUGAUCGGGUCGCUGUUUUCCCUGCUCCAGUUCCUUUCAUCGCCUGUAACAGGGGCCCUGUCAGACCGUCAUGGCAGACGACCCCUUCUCAUUCUCACCACAUUGGGGUUGAUGUCCUCCUACGCGGUCUGGGCUGUUUCCCGGAGUUUCAGCAUGUUCCUUUUGUUUCGGGUAAUUGGGGGCAUUUGUAAGGGCAACGUCAGCCUCUGCACUGCUGUCGUAGCCGACUUGCCUUGCCCAAAAGCACGGAACAGAGGAAUGGCAAUGAUUGGCAUUGCCUUCUCCCUGGGUUUCACCGUGGGACCUUUGAUGGGAGCCUACUUUGCCAUCAGCUCCAAAGCAACGGGAAAUGUCUUCUACCAAAGCCCAGCCCUGCUUGCCUUGGCCUUCAGCAUCGCUGAUCUGUUUUUUAUUUGGCUUAUGCUGCCAGAGACAUUGACAAAGGACGUCAAGGCUUCAUCAUCAGGGUCUGAGGACUCCAGGGAUUUCCUCAACCCAUUAUCUUUGUUCCAUUUUUCAGCAGUUACUAGAACAAAAGAUCCACCUUCAAAAGACAGAAUGCAGAAGCUUCAAGUGUUGGGCCUGGUUUAUUUUUGCUACCUCUUCCUGUUCUCCGGUCUGGAGUUCACACUAAGUUUUCUUACUCACCAGCGUUUCCAGUUUACAAGCAUGCAGCAAGGAAAGAUGUUCUUCUUCAUUGGUAUCAUCAUGGCUUUAAUCCAGGGAGGUUACGCUCGCAGAAUCAAGCCUGGGGACCAUAUUGGGGCUGUUCGUGUGGCCAUCAUAUCACUGAUCCCCGCGUUUAUUCUCAUUGGAUUGUCAUGGAAUAUAACAGUGCUUUACCUUGGCUUGGCGCUAUACUCGUUUGCAGCUGCAAUAGUAGUCCCUUGCCUGUCAACACUUGUUUCUGACCAUGGUUCAGCCAGUCAGAAGGGCACUGUGAUGGGGAUCCUGCGUAGUUUAGGUGCCCUGGCCAGAGCACUGGGACCUGUUGUGUCCUCUUCUGUAUACUGGAUUGCUGGAGCAGAGACCUGUUUCCUCAUCACAUCAGCCUCCUUCCUGAUACCCCUGGCUCUCCUGAGCAAAGCUCAGAGGCUUAAGGAGGAAUGAGAAGCAAAAUACUUUUUAAAAGACUGAUAUUUUGCUGACUAAAUGAAUGUCAUUGUGAUUUGAGUCUCAGGAUUCUCAGAGUUAGGGUUCUGUAUUACUGAACAAUGGGGAGAUGUUUACCUUUUGCACUCUUUGCCAAAGAUCAUUCAAUGAAACAAAUAAUAAUAGAUGCACAUGCACAUAAUAGAGGGAUUGGUGGAAUGGGCUUCAUUGUGUGAGAGAGAAAUGUAUGGACAUAAUGCUGUUCAUGAAUACAUGUACUAUAUAUCUGUGCAUAUCAGAGAUGGGUGGUGGAUAUUUACCCUGGUGGAAUUCAGAUAUUAUUUUAUAAUGCAGUAUUUUAUUAAUCAUUCCAAUGUUGUAUUUUUUCAAAGUAGUGAUUUAUUUUUGCUCCCUUUAAAAUGCUGGUAUUCUGUUUUCUACUCAUUAAAAAGAAUGACCAAAAACA